UCAUUUAGGGGUUAUUACAUUUCCAAUGGCUCUGUCAUCGUUUUCUUUCCCUGGUUAUCUGCUCAGAGAUGUAGCUACAGAUUCCCUGAAAUCCAUUUCGAGCUUACAUCAUGUGUUCUGGGUAACAGAUCUGCAGAACCAAUAUCAGAACAGGCUUCCACAGGUCAAGAGAAGGACCGGAAAUGUCUGUGCAUCACUAUCAGAGAAGGGGGAGUAUCACUCGCAGAGACCACCAACUCCUCUUUUGGACACUAUCAACUAUCCAAUCCACAUGAAAAAUCUCUCAAUUAAGGAACUUAAACAACUCGCCGAUGAGCUACGUUCCGAUGUCAUCUUCAACGUCUCUAAUACCGGAGGUCACCUGGGUUCAAGCCUUGGAGUGGUUGAGCUUACUGUGGCUCUCCAUUAUGUCUUCAAUGCCCCACAGGAUAAGUUACUCUGGGAUGUGGGUCAUCAGUCUUAUCCACACAAAAUUCUUACUGGGAGAAGAGAUAAGAUGCAAACUAUGCGUCAGACGAAUGGGUUGUCGGGAUUCACUAAACGUUCUGAGAGCGAAUAUGAUUGCUUCGGCGCUGGUCACAGUUCAACCAGUAUCUCAGCUGCCUUGGGAAUGGCUGUUGGAAGGGAUCUGAAAGGCAGAAAAAACAAUGUGAUUGCUGUCAUAGGGGAUGGUGCCAUGACUGCAGGGCAAGCAUAUGAGGCAAUGAACAAUGCUGGGUAUUUAGACACGGACAUGAUUGUGAUACUCAAUGAUAACAAACAGGUUUCCCUACCAACUGCUACUCUAGAUGGCCCCAUUCCACCUGUAGGAGCUUUGAGCAGUGCUCUCAGUAGGUUGCAGUCCAGCAGGCCCCUUAGAGAGCUGAGGGAGGUUGCCAAGGGAGUUACAAAGCAGAUUGGCGGUUCAAUGCAUGAACUGGCAGCCAAAGUUGAUGAAUACGCCCGUGGGAUGAUCAGCGGAUCUGGUUCAACACUGUUCGAGGAGCUUGGUCUCUAUUAUAUUGGUCCAGUUGAUGGCCACAACAUAGAUGAUCUUGUAGCUAUUCUCAAGGAAGUCAAGAGUACCCAUACAACAGGCCCUGUCCUCAUCCAUGUUAUUACCGAGAAAGGUCGAGGUUAUCCAUAUGCGGAGAAAGCUGCAGACAAGUACCAUGGUGUUACAAAGUUUGAUCCAGCUACUGGCAAGCAAUUCAAAGCUCCUGUUCCUACUCGAUCUUACACAACAUAUUUUGCAGAGGCUUUGAUUGCAGAAGCAGAGGUUGACAAAGACAUUGUUGCCAUACAUGCUGCAAUGGGAGGAGGGACAGGCCUUAAUCUAUUCCUUCGCCGCUUCCCAACACGAUGUUUUGAUGUUGGGAUCGCAGAGCAACAUGCUGUCACUUUUGCUGCUGGUCUUGCUUGUGAAGGCCUUAAGCCAUUUUGUGCCAUCUAUUCAUCUUUCCUACAGAGGGCUUAUGAUCAGGUGGUGCACGAUGUGGAUUUGCAGAAACUGCCAGUGAGGUUUGCAUUGGACAGAGCCGGCUUGGUUGGAGCUGAUGGACCUACUCAUUCCGGGUCAUUCGAUGUCACUUACAUGGCAUGCCUUCCAAACAUGGUUGUGAUGGCUCCUUCAGAUGAGGCAGAGCUCUUCCAUAUGGUUGCAACUGCUGCUGCCAUAGAUGAUCGACCCAGUUGCUUCCGAUACCCAAGAGGAAAUGGAAUUGGCAUUCAGCUGCCGCCAGGGAACAAGGGUAUCCCUCUGGAGGUUGGCAAAGGCCGGAUUUUGUUGGAGGGUGAGAGAGUGGCACUUUUGGGCUAUGGAACAGCAGUUCAAAGUUGUUUAGCUGCAGCUUCUUUAGUUCAACGCUAUGAUAUACAGUUAACAGUAGCAGAUGCGCGCUUCUGCAAGCCACUUGAUCAAGAACUCAUUCGCAGCCUCGCUAAAUCACAUGAGUUUCUAAUCACAGUGGAAGAAGGAUCUAUUGGAGGAUUUGGAUCUCAUGUUGCCCAGUCCUUGGCCCUCAAUAGACUUCUUGAUGGAACAACAAAGUGGAGACCACUAGUUCUUCCUGAUCGGUACAUUGAUCAUGGAUCACCAGCUGAUCAGAUGGCCGAAGCUGGCCUCACAGCUUCUCAUAUUGCUGCAACUGUAUUCAACAUCCUUGGACUAAACAGAGAGGCCCUUGAGGUCAUGUCAUAGAGAAGUUAGAAAAAGAAGGGUGUGGUUGUCCACCCAAAUGUAAAAUGGAAUGAUAACUGGUGAUUGAUUUUCAA